UAUAUAGCUUGCCGGCAUUUAGUAACUCCGCUGGACAAACUUACUUUAGUUGAGUAAGAACAUUCACGCGAUGUGUUAUAGAAUUAUAAUUCUUGCCUUACUGGCAAUAGUCGGGUUGAUAAAUGCACACAUAUAUUUAGAAGAAAAAUUUGAAAAUGGUAAUUGGGAUGAUACGUGGAUUUAUAGCAAACAUCCUGGUAAGGAAUUUGGAAAAUUUGUCCACUCUUCCGGUUCAUUCUUUAACGAUGCUGAAUCAGACAAAGGCAUUCAAACUUCGCAGGAUGCACGUUUCUACGCAGUUUCCCGGAAAUUUGAUGCAUUUUCCAAUGAAGAUAAACCGCUUGUUGUUCAAUUUUCGGUAAAACACGAACAAAAUAUUGACUGUGGGGGUGGUUACGUUAAACUCUUUGACUGCUCCCUGGACCAAACAGACAUGCACGGCGAGUCACCCUACGAAAUUAUGUUUGGGCCAGAUAUAUGUGGUCCCGGUACAAAGAAAGUCCACGUCAUUUUCAGCUAUAAAGGAAAGAAUCACUUGAUAAACAAAGAUGUAAGAUGUAAGGAUGACGUGUACACUCAUUUUUACACGCUUAUAGUAAGGCCUGACAACACCUAUGAAGUUUUAAUUGAUAACGAAAAAGUGGAAUCUGGUAACUUGGAAGAUGACUGGGACUUUUUAGCACCAAAAAAAAUUAAAGAUCCUAAUGCGAAGAAACCGGAGGAUUGGGAUGAUAAGCCUACAAUCCCUGACCCCGACGAUAAGAAACCUGAGGAUUGGGAUAAAUCAGAACAUAUACCAGACCCAGAUGCUACAAAACCAGAAGAUUGGGAUGAUGAAAUGGAUGGUGAAUGGGAGCCGCCAAUGGUAGAUAACCCUGAGUAUAAGGGGGAGUGGCAACCAAAACAAUUGGAUAAUCCAAACUACAAAGGGGCUUGGGAGCAUCCCGAAAUAGAUAAUCCUGAAUAUAUACCAGAUAACAAGCUUUAUCUACGCAAUGAAAUAUGCAAAUUAGGAUUCGAUUUAUGGCAAGUUAAAUCGGGAACAAUUUUUGAUAAUGUCCUCAUUACCGAUGAUAUUGAGUUGGCACAAAACACAGCAGCUGAUGUAAAAAACACUCAAGCUGGUGAAAAAAAAAUGAAAGAGAUUCAAGAUGAAGUCCAAAGAAAAAAAGAUGAAGAAGAGGCGAAAAAGGUCUCGGAUAAGGAUGACGAGGAGGAAGAUGAUGAUGAAGAUGAGAAGGAUGAAUCUAAGCAAGACAAAGAGCAGAGUGAACAUGACGAAUUGUAAAAGCAUUCUAAUAAAAUACGUCAAAUCUUAUUAGGUAUUUUUUGUGUAUAAAAAUUGCUUUAGAUUUCAAAAGCAUACUAAAUCCACAAUUACAAUUUGUAAGACUUAUAUUAUAUUUAUAAACACA